AUGGCCAACGUCCCCACCGCGCCAGAGACAACGGCCGAGAUCGUCAAGAUCGACUCGGCCGUCACCCAGGCCGAGGUCAACCUCGACACCCAGGUCCAGUACACUGGCCCAUGGGAGACCAGCCCCUCGGCAUGCAACGCGUCGGGGUUGUCGCACACACUCUCUUCCACCGGUUCCGCGCUGAUCGUGUUCGAUGAAACCGUCGCAGGCGCGUCUAUAUACCUCGGCGCCGACCCCUGGGCACAACUUUCGCUCAACUUCUCAAACCACGGCAACGACAUUGGCAACCCUGGCGCUGCUGCCAAGUUCGUUGACGGCUGCAGGAAGCCGCAAUACCGCUGGAAGUUCUGGCAGCUGCCCGGGGUGAACAACUACGUCCUUAUCGAGUGGCAGCCGCCGCUGACGGGAGCGAGCGUGUCCGACCCCAAGGUGUACCUCCAGCGCGUUGUCAUCUUUAGGACCAAGGAGGCCGUGAGCAACUCGAUCCCUGCGACAACCACGCCCAACGCAACGACCACUACUGGGGGUGCCGGUGCCGGUGCAGGCACGGGCGCGGCCGCUUCGUCCAACAUCAACACUGCGAUCUGGGGCCCACCAGCGACGAACGUCCACGCGCAGACUGGUGCCGCCGGCGCUGGCAACGCCACGGGCACCUCCUCCGCUAGCGCCGGGGCGAGCUCCGCUCCGCACAGCGGCGUUGGACGAUCCGUUGUCGUUUCUGCUGGUGGGGGAGCACUGGCCCUCGCUGCUGCUGCUUUCGUUCUUCUGUGA